CUAUUUCUUGUGGACACCUUGUUACUCGAAAGAUCAGCCUUAGAUCACCAGCUUUCUUGUCUCCCUCAUUAUUUUGCUAUUGCGAGUCCUUUUCUUUCUUAUCUACAUUCGCGGAUUUCUUCAGUCGUUCAUUACAGAGUUUAGAAGUAGAUAUGGCGAGAACGAAACAAGCUACGCCGUUGAGGAGAGAGCCUUCUAGUGAGUAUACUAGCAAGGCUGAUGGUUAUGGGUCACCGAGUCGCAGUGCGAGGAAUUUGGAUAGGGAAAGCAAGAGUCUGUUUCCUACGAAGGAGGAUGCCAAUGGAAAUGUGGUUCGACCCAUUAUACCGCCCGAGACGAAGAAAGAUGCCGGAAUUCUGCAGCUCUUGUUCGCAGUUGGUGGAAUCUAUGGUUCCUUUCUCACAUGGGCACUUCUACAAGAACGACUCACUACCACGCCCUACGGCCCCGAAACAUCUCCAGAGAAAUUCAAGUUUCCCGUCUUUCUCAAUACGGUACAAUCGCUCUUCGCAGCUUUGACAGGAUAUCUCUACCUACGAUACGAUACUCGAGGCAAAGCCACCUCACCCAUAAUACCCAACCGACGCAUCCUCAUCCCUCUCCUCCUCGUAGCCAUAACAUCCUCGCUCGCCUCCCCGUUUGGCUACGCAUCACUGGCACACAUCGACUACAUUACCUUCAUCCUCGCCAAAUCAUGCAAGCUCCUCCCGGUGAUGUUCCUCCACAUCACGCUCUUCCAGAAACGAUACCCGCUGUACAAAUACCUGGUCGUCCUAGCCGUUACCUCUGGUGUAGCAGUCUUCACCCUCCACGCUGGAUCUGAAAAGGCACAUAAGAAACCCUCGAAAGCGACACUGAAUCCAGAUAGGAAUGUACCAUGGGGUCUCCUCCUCCUGGGUAUCAACUUGCUGUUUGACGGCUUGACGAAUACGACGCAAGAUUACAUUUUCCAGACUUUUCAACCAUAUAAGGGACCACAGAUGAUGUGUGCAAACAACAUUAUGAUGACGAUCCUCACACUGAUUUACCUGACAUUAAGUCCGUAUCUGGUACAUACAGGCAUUGGCGAGUAUCUAGGCAUGGAUCUCGCGUCUGGUGGUGGAGGCGAGUUCGCCGCCGCAUUAGGAUUCAUGAAGAGGCAUCCAGGCGUCUGGUACGAUGUCCUAGGCUUUGCAGCUUGUGGUGCUGUCGGACAGGUGUUUAUCUUCUACACCCUCUCAACUUUCUCCUCCCUGCUCCUAGUAACCAUAACCGUAACCCGCAAAAUGCUCACCAUGAUCCUCUCCGUCGUCUGGUUCGGGCACACCCUCGGCGGCAAGCAAUGGAUGGGCGUUGGCCUAGUAUUUGGCGGAAUUGGAGCCGAAGGUGUCAUCCAACGAAGAGAGAAAGCAGCUAAGGAGAAGGCAAAGUUGGCUUCUUCUUCUAGCAAGAAGGAGCUAUGAGCAAGAUAUGAGAAAAACAGAGAAAAGAAUUGGCAUAUUGGCAUAAAAGGCGUUCAUUGGGCGUUGAUACAUACCAUUCCAUCAUCUAGAUAGAUAGGCUACGAUACAAAUAAGAAAUUCUAGAAUAACAGCU